CAUAAAAUAAAAUAAUUCAACGAAAGCUAAUUUCAUCCCCAAAUUUUCAUUCCUUUUUUUUUUUUUCUUUAACCUACUCAAAAUCUCUUUCAAUUCAUCGUGUUUCAAUUCUCAAAUUUGAGGGAUGAGAUUUCAAUUAACAUCCCCAAUUGAUCGUAUAUUCAAUUCAUUCACUCUUCCAUCAAUAGAUCUUGCUUCAAAUCCAUCGUGACCUUGCAAUCGAUCGCAACCUCUUCAAAACUUUCAGAACCUGCUUCUUCUCUACUUAUGAACAAGAACCAGGAACGCGCUUCUUCUCCAAAAAUUCCUUCGAGACUCACAAACCCUUCUAUACCCCUUGAAACCCUAAAUUUCCAAAAAGCACAGACACUUCUCUACUACUUAAAACCCUAAAGUUCUCAAACGCGACUGCGACAAUAUGUUUGCUACGAUUGACGAGGGUACCGGUGAUUCACAAGGUAUAUAAUUUUCUUGCAUGUUCAAGAAAGGAAAAACUAGAGUAGCACGUCCCUGGGAGAAGAAGAGUAACAGCUAGUUACUUGAUACAAGGAAAGUUGAUUGAACCUUACUAUAUAUGGUUCAGCAUCAGCAGGGAGUGGCAUUUAUUCUUUGAAAUAGCAAAAUUUUAUCACACAAAACACUCCAAUGCAUAUGAGGCCUCAUGUAUCUUUUUCGUGGCGUUUCAAUAGUGAUAGCCUAGCUAGAUUAUUGUUUAAUGAAAAUGACCAUUAUUGUCUAUGUAGAAUUUCCUUGUUUUAUUUCUUAUAUGGUCUUACAUUUGUGAAGGAAUCAGUAGGUAACCAUGAAGCAGACUCAUUACAAGGUGUGUUUACUUCACAUAACACUAGUAACAAGUUAAAACAAGAGAUGGAGGAGAAACGUCGUCAGGAUAAGGAAGCAACGGAAACAAAAAUUCAGCAGGAAAAGGAAGCAAUAGAAAGAAAACUUCAGAUUCUUCUUAAAGCCAUUGUGAACCAAAACACCGCAAACUUGGAUGUGGAGGCUCUGCAAGCUUUGAUAUCAGCUCCUACAACUGAUGCUCCUAAUGAUAAUGAAAUAAAUAAUGAUGAUAUCGAAGAAGAAAUGCAAGAUCAUGGAGAAGAGGAAGAAGAAGAAGAAGAAGAAGAAGAGCUAGAUGUUUAUGUUUGAUGGUGAAUGCACAUAAUUAUUAAGAUGUUAGUUUCAUUUUGAAGAUGCAUGGUCUAUUUCAUUUUGAAGAUGUUAGUUUGAUUGUGAAUUGAUUGUGUGAAUGAUUGACAAUAUUAGGAAAACGUUAUGUUGAUCGAUGUUAUUAUUUUGAUAUAUAUAAAUGAUAAUCAUUUUAGUUUAA